GGAAAGAAUGCGAGUGGAUCCAAACAGCGCUAUAAUCGUAAAAGAGAAACUUCAUAUUCAAAAAAUGAGAACUUUUCCAGUCAGUCCCGUCGCUCCAAUUCACAGAAAAGCAAAGCUUUUAACAAGAUGCCCCCUCAAAGGGGAGGUAGCGGCGGAAGUGGCAAACUUUUUAGCUCUUGUAAUGGUGGAAGACGAGAUGAGGUAGCAGAGGCUCAGCGGGCAGAGUUCAGCCCUGCCCAAUUCUCUGGUCCCAAGAAGAUUAAUCUGAACCACUUACUGAACUUCACUUUUGAACCCCGUGGCCAACCAGGCCAUUUUGAUGGGAAUGGACAUGGCAACUGGGGGAAAAGGAACAAGUGGGGACAUAAGCCUUUCAACAAGGAGCUCUUCCUACAGGCCAACUGCCAGUUUGUUGUCUCUGAAGAACAGGACUACACAGUCCACUUUGCUGAUCCAGAUACCUUGGUCAACUGGGACUUUGUGGAACAAGUGCGAAUUUGUAGCCAUGAAGUGCCCUCUUGCCCAAUAUGUCUGUACCCACCAACUGCAGCAAAGAUCACCCGCUGUGGGCAUAUCUUUUGUUGGGCAUGUAUCCUUCACUAUCUCUCUUUGAGUGAAAAGACCUGGAGCAAAUGUCCUAUUUGUUAUGGCUCUGUUCACAAGAAGGACCUCAAGAGUGUUGUUGCUAUGGCAACACGUCAAUAUGCAAUUGGUGAUACCAUUACGAUGCAACUUAUGAGAAGAGAGAAAGGUGUUCUGGUAGCACUGCCCAAAUCUCAGUGGAUGAAUGUGGUGCAGCCUGUUUACAUCAGAGAUGACCAGCACAGUCAGUAUUCAAAGCUGCUUCUGGCAUCCAGAGAGCAGGUCUUGCAGCUGGUGAUUCUGGAGGAGAAAGCGGCAUUACUGAAACAGUAUGAGGAAGAAAAACACACCCCAGAGGCUUGCUUUAUUGAGGCGGCUAUCCAGGAACUGAAGGAGCGAGAAACAGCACUCUCUGCUGACCAGGACAAAAACAAUGGCAUUGCUAGAGUCAGUGCAGCUGUGGAAGAAUUGGUCCUAGAAAGCUCCAAGGCUGUGGAGCCUGCAGUUUCCCAAGAGAAAAAGUGUGGUGUUGAAUAUCUCUCUGCAUUUGAUGAGGAGCUUGUGGAGCCUUGCUCUGAUCUGGCAAGUUCUUCUUCGCCGCCUGUGGAAGCAGAAGAGGCAGUGCUGGAUGAAGAGGAGGUACCUGAGGUGGACAUCAUAGGAGAACCUGAUAUGAACACUACAGAAGAACCAAAUCCAGCUGAAACAAGCUACCAAGAAUCUAAAGAUACAAUUAGCAGUGGACAUCUUAGCAGCUCUCCUUUUUACUAUUUUUAUCAAGCGGAGGAUGGACAGUGUAUGUACCUUCACCCUGUGAAUGUUCGAUGUCUUGUUCGUGAAUACGGCAGCUUGGAGAAGAGUCCAGAGAAGAUAACUGCAGCUGUAGUGGAGAUAACUGGCUACUCAAUGACAGAGGAUAUAAGACAGCGUCAUCGCUACCUCUGUCACUUGCCCCUCACCUGCGAGUUCAGCAUUUGUGAGCUGGCUCUGAAGCCACCCAUCAUCUCUAAGGAGACUUUAGAGUUGUUUUCAGAUGACCUUGAAAAGAGGAAACGUCUACGGCAGAAGAAAGCUCGUGAUGAACGACGACGUGAACGCAGAAUUGAGAUAGAAGAAAACAAGAAACAGGGCAAAUAUCCAGAGGUCCAUAUUGCUUUAGAGAAUCUGCAGCAGUUCCCUGCUUUUACCUCUUGCCCUGGAGAAACUACCAGCACUGAUCAUCAGAGCUUCUGUCUGUCUCCUCUUGGCAGAAGCCCUGUGUUUCAGACAGAGUCUGUUCCAACUCCACUGUCACCUGCUGCCAGCCAGGUCAGCCCGUUGCUCUGUGGGAGUUUAGAAGAAGAAUCUCCUUUCCCUUCCUUUGCCCAGAUGUUGAGAGUUGGAAAGGCAAAACCAGAAACAUGGCCCAAACCUGCUCCAAAGACAAGAGAUGAGAACACUCUGGCGCUCCCUGUGCCAGUGGAUAGUGAUGGAGAAAGUGACAGCUCUGACCGCAUACCUGUGCCCAGCUUCCAGAAUUCCUUCAGCCAAGCCAUUGAGGCAGCCCUCCUGAAACUGGACAAACCGUCCACAGCUGAUCAUUUAUCAGAGGAAAAGGGAGGCAAGAAAAGAAAGAAACAGAAGCAGAAGCUACUGUUCAGCACCUCUGUUGUUCACACAAAGUGAUUCUGCUAUUCAAGAGAAGUUUCCUCUCCUGGUUUUCUUUUAAUUUUGCUUUGUUUUGCUGCUAUAGUUUUAAGUAUUUAAAUUUGAACAGACUAAACUUGUGUUUCCAGGGCUUCUAGGGGGUUCAGGAGGAAACCAUGACAGUAUAUGUUGAAGUAAGGUGGUUUGAUUCCAACUGCUUAAUCAGUUUAUACUGAAACAAAGUUUUGAAAGAAAUAACCCAGAGAAAAAUGAGCCAAGGCUUCUAGUCUAUGCCGAGUUGGUUCUUUUGGCCUAAUAAGCAGUAUGAAAGUCGUUACAGCUGUGUGGCACUGCCAGAAUACUGCAAUAUUACCUAAGUGAAGAGGCAGAGCGCCUUUAUUUCCCUAGAAGUAUCCAUGGGCAGAAGUCCAUCUGACUGUGACAGUAGUGCUGUUCCAGUAAAGCUGUCAAACUGCUCUCUUGAGGAACUGGUUUCCACUGCACUGGAAACGGGCAAAAAAGCUUCCUGGCUUUAGAGUGUUAGCUGCUAUAUCUGUUCUUUUUCUAAAGAGCAAGAAUUCCUCCUGUUCUCCUGGCUUGGAAAGAUUUAAAGCUGAGGUGAGUGUAAAGCAGAACUUGGCUGCUUGGUUUUGAAGUGACUCUUGAUGAAUUUGUGUAUUUUAAAAUGUGUGCUGGCACUAGUGGUAGAAGGAACCUCCUGGCUUCUCUCAGUUGUUC